AUAAAUAGGAAAAUUUGCAAUUAAUUCCAAGUAUAUAAUGGGGUAAAGGUGUUCAUUUAUAUAUCGGAUAUCUAAGCAGGCAGCAACCCCAAAAGAAAAAAUACCUUUUAUUCAUCACUUGAAGACGUCAUACUGCGACCCGGAAAAAUUAUAUGCACACAACACAUACUAUUGUUUGUUAAACGCUCAAAACGGAAUGUGUCGUCUGCGGUACAUACAGGCCAAGCGUCUCUUUUGUGAGGAUCUACCACUUCUGUUGCUGCUGACAUGUUUGAUGCCACCACUGCCGCUUAAAUUUUGGUUACAGCCGUACUAGCAUCAUACUUCAAGAGUUCAACAAGAUAGUGUGGUAGACAGAAAAACACAGCUGGUGAGCCGAAAGACGCGGUUUCCAUGACUAUAUUAUAUCUGGACGGAACUUAAUUUUAGAAUUAAGUUUGAACCAUUGCAGAUAUAUACACACUGACGACGGUAUUAUGAGGAAGCAACUUUUUUAACCAUUUCAGGUUUUUGCGCGUUAUAUUCUGUGCCAUUACAAAUGCGGGAAGAAAAGAGUGCAUAUGCGGGGCCCAUUUGUACCUCAGGGUAUAUGAAGGCAUAUAUGCAUUCUGGUUUGAAGACAACUUUCUUUUAUUGUAUUUACUCUGCUGUCGACGAGGAUAGCUUCCUAUAUGUCUGUAAAAUUAUUUACAAUAUUAUACUCAUAGUGAUCCUGUAAGUUACAGGACUUAUUUUAUGUUAAAAAUAACCUGGCCGCUCAAAGAUCGACCGACAUAAAAGUCAUUUGGCACAUCGCGAUGAUUUAUCCGAGGGUCGGAAGUCGUGCCUCGGACCCGAAACGGUCCGUAGUUGGCCCUGGUCUACCGGGUUUUGCUCCACUGUACAUCAAUGAAUGGCUGUUACAAGUCCUGUUGGAAACGGCAAUAUCCAGCAUCUGGUACAAUAAUUUAACCCACACCAGUAAUUUUGCGCCUAAUACUAAGUAACUUACAUCCAACUAGUACCCAAUCACGGCUACCAUAGGGAAUACCAACGAAGACACCAGUUUGUGAUGACGCCCUUCCAAGAAUAAGUUCUUCAUGGGCGUUUUCAAAAUUGCAAACUAGGUGGAAUUCUUCGAAACAAACAAUCAGCCGUUAUGGACGGUGGGUUGAGGUUCAAGUUGCCCCACGUUAAUAGUGUAUGCAACCAUCCACCACUGAUCUGAGGGUGAGCUAGAUUCGUCUAUAUUUUGGAGGGGUGCAGAUAAGGUUAUACCCCAGUUGGAAUAUCCCCACCCUGGAUCCUAGGAACUGGUUCC